AGGAACUGCCUAAGAUCUUUGCGUUUAGCAGCGCUCGAGCUCCAGACUUGGCAACGACAUCACCUCGCGUUUAGGUCGAAAAAAGGAGCACUACUGAUGUCUUACCGUGGGCUGCUGGGCAACUGAGCUCGAGAGAGUGAGACGGGAAGACUGCUGCUUUCUUCUUGGAGCCGUGAUGGAAGAACUCACCGCUUUUGUGUCUAAGUCUUUUGAUCAGAAAGUGAAGGAAAAGAAGGAGGUGAUCACGUACCGGGAAGUGUUGGAGACCGGCUCGGCGCGAGGCAGGGAAACUCUACCGGCCGACCCGAAUCGCGAGGACGUCACCACGAUUGCGCGAGGAGCUGCGCGAUCGCCGGCCAGGGAACCGGACAUGGCAGGGCCGGACAGGACGAGGGACGCGGGCAGUCCGAAACUCACAGACGGUAACACGGACAUGAAAGAGCGAAAAGAGGACUCUAAGACGACGGAGGACGAGACACAGACCAAGAUCAAACAGAGGAGAAGUCGGACUAACUUUACUCUGGAGCAGCUGAACGAGCUCGAGAGGCUGUUCGACGAAACUCACUACCCGGACGCUUUCAUGCGCGAGGAACUGAGUCAGCGUCUCGGGCUCUCCGAAGCGCGCGUGCAAGUCUGGUUUCAGAACCGGAGGGCCAAAUGCAGAAAACAGGAAAAUCAGUUACACAAAGGGGUGCUCAUCGGACCCGCGAGUCAGUUUGAAGCGUGUCGUGUCGCCCCAUAUGUCAACGUGGGAGCUUUGCGGAUGCCAUUCCAACAGGAUAGUCAUUGCAACGUGCCGCCCUUCUCCUUUCAGGUGCAGGCGCAACUGCAGCUCGACAGCGCGGUGGCCCACGCGCACCAUCACCUGCACUCUCACCUGGCGGCGCACGCACCUUACAUGAUGUUUCCCGCACCGCCAUUUGGGUUGCCCCUGGCGACGCUCGCGGCAGAGUCCGCCUCUGCAGCCUCAGUGGUCGCCGCGGCUGCAGCGGCUAAGAACAGCAACAAAAACUCCAGCAUCGCAGACCUCAGACUGAAGGCCAAAAAGCACGCAGCGGCGCUUGGACUGUGA